ACGGUAGUGUAUGUGUUGUGAUAAAUUAUACAGACGCACUAAGUACAAGUUAUUAUAAAGAUACAGAGAUAAUGUACGGUGCCGUGACACGAGGAAGAUGCACACUCGGCUUGAUUUGUCAGAAAUGAUUUUCUUGAUUGAAAUGAGGAAAAUCCAAUCCUGUGAGGACCAAUCAAACGAGAAGAACAAUCAAGAGUCGAUUCCAACCAGGUGAGGUCACAGAAAACCAACCAAGGGAAGUAGCAUCAGGUAGAAGGAGCCCAGUUCUGUGAGAUGAAUUCUACUUUCUACUCAGUCCUGCUGGGAUCUAGGUUCCAGAUGUCCUACAAAGUGAGCUACUCUCCUCUCCUACGUGCGCCUCGGCUGAGCCAUAAAGCGUGUGACGCAGCCGGCGGCUCCAGUAUGAAAGGGCAAACUCUGCUCGGUCAGACACACGGCGGUGCAGUGCUGUGUGGGUCUGGUGCGCCGGAUGCCAGCGACCCGGCUCCGACUGAUCACCUGUGGCCGGACGGUGCAGAGGAAACCCCGGGGAUGGAGAGGCUGCUGAGGAAGUGUCAGAUCAGAAACCAGCUGGUCAGGGAGUGCAUGGCGGAGUGCCUCGGAGUCUACGUCCUCAUACUGUUUGGAUGUGGCUCCGUUGCCCAGGUGACCACGACCGAAGAUAAGAAGGGGCAGUACCUGUCAAUCAAUCUGGGUUUUGCCCUGGGGGUAACGUUUGGGGUCUUUGUGUCUCGUGGAGUUUCAGGUGCUCACCUGAACCCGGCUGUGUCUCUGAGUAUGUGCGUCCUGGGCAGACAUCCAUGGACGAAGCUGCCUCUCUACGUCUUCUUCCAGGUGCUCGGAGCCUUUCUGGCUGCAGCCACCGUUGCUCUGCAGUACUACGACGCCAUCCAGUCAUACAGCGGGGGUGAGCUGACCGUGACGGGUCCCACGGCCACAGCAGGAAUAUUCUCCACCUACCCAGCCGACUACCUCAGUCUGUGGGGAGGGGUCGUGGACCAGGUGAUAGGAACAGCUGCCCUGCUGCUGUGUGUGCUGGCUCUCGGGGACCAGAGGAACAGCUCCCUCCCUGAUGGGCUGCAGCCGGUCCUGGUGGGAGCAGCUGUGCUGGUUAUUGGCAUCUCGAUGGGCUCCAACAGCGGCUACGCCCUCAACCCAGCCAGGGAUUUUGGGCCUCGGUUGUUCACGUACAUUGCCGGCUGGGGAGUUGAUGUUUUCAAGGCCGGAGGAGGCUGGUGGUGGGUGCCCAUAGUGGCCCCCUGUGUGGGAGCUCUGCUGGGGACGCUGAUCUACGAACUGAUGAUUGAAGUCCACCAUCCUCUCGCUCCGACCGAGCUCCAGAUGUCGUGUCAGGAGGCGUCUGAGACUAAGACGGGACUGGAGCUGGAGCCAGGCUGUGAAAAAAACCCCACUUUGUGAUGAAAUAAUGAAGCUGAAACUUUGUCAUGAACAGUAAACGUGUGAUACCCAGUGAAAGUGUGUAAAUGUUUUAUAUGUGACUCAUGUAUUUGGAAUGUAGAUUGUUUCUUUGGAAUUCUAUACAAAUAACUGCUCCCAGGGGAUGAAAACUUGUCCUAAAUGAUCUUAUCCUGUUAUAAAAAAUAUUUAAGAUGA